AUGCUUUCACGCGCCGCCCUGUUUUCUCUGUUUGUGGUUUUCCUGACCGGUCAGGUCAUCGCGGCGCCCAUGCCGAUGCCCGCAAAGCUCUCGAUGAGAGGGGUAGCCCAGCGCUCCCCUGAACCACUGGAGACGAUCGCUGUGUACCGCAGGGCAGUGAACACGAUUCCUGCUGAGGAGGCGACCAAGGCGCCGGACGGUGUGAUCCAGCCGUACAAGAGGGCUGUGAACACUAUCCCUGCUGAGGAGGCGACCAAGGCACCCAAUGGAGUGAUCCAGCCAUACAAGCGCGCUGUGAACACUAUCCCAGCUGAGGAGGCGACCAAGGCGCCGAACGGAGUGAUCCAGCCUUACAAGCGCGCCGUGAACACGAUUCCUGCUGAAGAGGCUACCAAGGCGCCAAACGGAGUGAUCCAGCCAUACAAACGAGCCGUCAACACAAUUCCCGCUGAAGAGGCUACCAAGGCACCGAAUGGAGUGAUUCAGCCAUAUAAACGAGCCGUCAACACGAUCCCUGCCGAAGAGGCAACCAAGGCACCUAAUGGAGUGAUCCAGCCUUACAAGCGGGCAGUGAACACAAUCCCUGCUGAAGAGGCAACGAAAGCACCCAACGGAGUGAUCCAGCCGUACAAGCGGGCAGUGAACACGAUCCCGGCCGAGGAGGCGACGAAAGCGCCAAAUGGAGUGAUCCAGCCUUACAAGCGUGCGAUCAACACAAUUCCUGAGGAAGAGGCAACAAAAGCACCGCAAGGGGUGUUGCAGCCAUACAACAAGCGUGCUGUUAACACGGUGCCGGAGGAAGAGUCAACCAAGGCGCCGAAUGGAGUGAUCCAGCCGUACCGACGUGCCAUUAACACGAUCCCAGCUGAAGAAGCGACCAAGGCACCAGAGGGCGUGAUUCAGCCAUACUGA